CGGCGUUCAAAUCCCAGUAAAUAUCAUCCGAAAACAGAAUGGAGUCUCCCAGCGUGAUAAUUGACAGCACAACCCGUAUAGAACCACAAAAGGCAAAAGUCUCUGCGCGAAGCAUACCACUAUCUAUUCUAGAUGCAACAACUGCCAACUUUGCUCUUACCAGUGCCGUCUGGGUAUUUAAUGCGCCAACUCACCCCAAGACAGAAGGCUUUGACUUGAAGACACAUCUCAUUGAUAGCCUUCCAGCUACACUGGACGCUUAUCCUCAUUGGGCUGGCCGGAUAAGAGCUAUCCAGACACUUCACGGGGAUGAAUCAGACGAGACCGCCUCGUUUCCUGCUCACGCUCGUCGCUAUGGCCGCAUAUAUGCAAUAUUUGGCGACGAUCAAGACCCUGGUGUUGAUGUAACGAGUGCCUCAAGUACAGCAACUGCCAAUGAGCUUCACCCUCCGAACAGAACAAAAGCAGGCGUUCCCUGGAAAGGGCAAAGCACAGGGCUCUACCGCUUUGUUUCUUCAGCAAGCAUCGCGGACGCCUUCCAUCCUGACGCUCGGAACGAUGACAAUCUUCUCAAGCCGGUCAUGGCAAUCCAAAUCACCGAACUGGCAUGCGGUGGUUUUGUUCUGGCUGCUAAGAUUUCUCAUCCCUUGGCUGAUAUCACAGCCUUGGUGUCCUUUGUCAAAGAUUGGACUGUGGUGAGCCGCGCGAGGCUAGAUGGGCUGGAGGACCCGGUGGCAUUAUUACCUGUGUUUAAUCCUUUACAGUUAGACACCCUAGCGGCUGGUGAUAUCAACGCAGAUACGUCUGACCCAGAAAUCAUACAACGCGCUAUCAACUUGCCUCUGCAUCGAUAUGAUUGGUGGCUGCCGGCCGCAGACUGUCCCUGGCCAACGUCUGUGCCCGAGCCAUUCCGCAACACCGACUUGACUGUUGGCGCGGGCGUCAAGAUGCCAUGGUCAGAGUGGGAUACCAGUGCACCUGUAUCUCAUUAUGUCGUUCAUUUUAGUCAAGCCCAAGUUGAGUUGCUCACAAACACAAUCAACCUGAACAGCUCACAACGACUAAGCCAGCAUGAUGCAGUUCUUGCCCAUGUGUGGUCAUGCAUUGCUCGUGCGCGUAACUUGGAUCGAGAUACCGGUCCUAUUCACUGUGAUCUCGUAUACGGUGUCCGGCCAGCUUUUGGACUUCCAACCAACUUUAUCGGAUCUCCAGUCAUUAUGAUCAACAUUGAGCUACCUGGGUCCCAAGUGGCAGGCGGUGGCGAUAGAAGCAUAGAGUUGAGCCAUCUCGGUCCAAUUGCGACGUGUAUUCGAAACACAUUGAGUGAGGUUGCAAAGGCUAAGAGUAUCGCGGCAUAUCUGCACACCGCCGCUUUUGAGGCCGCACCUCAGCGUCUUUGGCAAGCCUUUCUCGGCAGGCGUCAUAUUCUGGUUACAACUUGGGCCAGAUCCGGCAUCUACAGUAUAGACUUUGGUUUGGGAUCCUCCGUAUGCUGCGCUGAUGGAAUUAUCCCUGAUAUGGACGGAACGAUCCUGAUCAAGGAGGCUCCUCCAAAGGCUCACGGUUCCGACGUUGCCUCUUCAUCGUGGACAGCGCAUGGAGUAGAUAUAUCUAUUCGCAUACAGGAUGAAGAUAUGAAGCGUUUGCUUCAAGAUCCACUCUUAUAUCCUACGCAGAGCGAGAGUGAGCAGAUCUGAUAGUGGGCAAGUGCCCAAAAUAAAUUCAUAGAUGUGUGCGUUUAGUAAUUAAAUUAACGGUCGAAACGACUGUUCACCAUCUUAUAGAUAUUGAUUAGACAUGUACAUAGAGAAAGUAAUAUUCGAA